AUGGUGGCGGGGAUAGGGGGGGUGGGGGCUGUGCGGCCGUAUGGGAUUGGGGUGGAGGUGGGAGUGGAGGAUGGGGGUGGUGAGGUGCGGAAGGGGGCGUUGGGGGCGUUGGGGUUCAUGGGACUAUAA